AUGGGGAUCGUGCAAUUUCCGCAAGAGUGCAUGAAAGUCUCCCCGAAUGCGGAUCAAUCCAAGUAUUGCAGAUUCCAUAGGCAGGUGGGCCAUGAUACCGAUGAAUGCAACAUGUUAAAACACCAGAUUGAGGAGCUCAUCCAGAGGGGAUACUUCAGACAGUUCGUCAAACGGUCAGGCCAGCAAAAGCCGGGCCAAAAGUCGAGCCAGCAACAACCUCCGCGUAGUUUACCAAAAAAUGUUUGGAAGAAGGAUGACAGCUCCGAACCGUCAUCCUCGAGUGGUAAGAAAAGGGAACACGACCAAGUUACAGUAACAGAUCUCUCUAACAAAGACACCGAAGAGCCCAGGAAACACAAGAAGCAGACCAUACACUUCAUCUACGGAGGUCCUGCAGGUGGAGACACACAAGCAGAGAGGAAGAAGUGGAGUCGCCAGUUAUAUGUAGGUGAAGUGGUCAGCCUUCCAAAGGGAAAAAAGCAGAGGAGGGAAGCCAUUACCUUCUCUGACGAUGACCUCCCAGAAGGUCCACUGCCUCACCGAGAUGCGUUGGUGAUCAAGAUGGAGAUCAACGACAGCAUCGUGCAUCGCAUACUCGUAGACACCGGAAGCUCAGUCAACGUGAUGUACUACGACGCUUUCACCAAACUGGGACUCCCCAGAAAUCAACUCAAAGAGGUACGGACUCCACUUUCUGGUUUUACGGGGGAUUCAAUAGAGACGGAGGGAUCCGUGGUACUACCGGUAGAGAUUGGCGUGAGCCCCAACACCUCCAAGAUAAACAUGGAGUUCAUUGUUGUGAAACUCACAUGUGCCCAUAACAUCAUACUGGGGAGGCCAGCUCUGGAAGCAUGUGCCCAUAACAUCAUACUGGGGAGGCCAGCUCUGGAAGAAUGUGCCCAUAACAUCAUACUGGGGAGGCCAGCUCUGGAAGACCUGAAGGCUAACAUCAUACUGGGGAGGCCAGCUCUGGAAGACCUGAAGGCGAUAAUUUCGAUGGAGCACCUAUGCAUGAAAUUUCCCACGCCAUACGGGAUAGGAGUUGCGAGAGGAGAUCAAAGAGCAGCUCGUAGCUGUUACGUCAAAGCGUGCAAGAAAAUUGGACAGAAAGAUCUGCGGGUCCACACCAUCGCAGAAAAAGUGCUGAGAGAAGAGGAGGGCUGGCCCCGCGCCGAGCCUGCAUCUGAAACGGAAGACGUGGUGGUCGAUCCCGCGCGAGCAGAUAGGGUCGUAAAGAUUGGCACUGGAUUGGCACCAGAACUAAGAGCCCAGAUAGUCGAAGUCAUCCGACAGUUUAAAGAAGUUUUUGCGUGGGGUCCAGAAGACAUGCCAGAUAUCAAUCGAAACAUUAUAACCCAUAAGUUAGCCGUGGACCCUACCAAGAAACCAAUACAACAGAAAAAGCGAUACAUGUCGGCUGAACGGAGGGACUUUGUGAAAAACGAGGUGGUCGCGUUGACACAAGCAGGACAUGUCAAGGAGAUCUAUUAUCCCGAGUGGUUGAGCAACGUAGUCCUGGCCCCAAAAGGUUCCACGUGGAGAAUGUGCGUGGAUUAUACAGAUCUCAACAGAGCCUGCCCUAUGGAUCGAUUCCCCUUGCCAAACAUUGAUCAGCUGGUGGAUGAGACGGCAGGAUGCGAAUUGAUGAGCUUCAUGGAUGCCUUCCGUGGGUACCAUCAGAUAUUCAUGCAUGAGGAGGAUGCUGAGAAGACCGCGUUCACCACCCCAGAAGGCAUUUUUUGCUACUUGGUCAUGCCGUUCGGCCUCAAGAACGCAGGCGCAACUUACACCCGGAUGGUGGCCAAGUUGUUUGGGAAAGUGCUGGGACGAAACAUGGAGGCAUACGUAGACGACAUGAUUGUCAAGAGCCGUAGAGGUGUCUCUCAUGUCAAAGACCUUAACGAGGUAUUUUCUAUUAUGAGAAAUUUCAAUUUACGCCUGAACCCUAAGAAAUGCACGUUCGCAGUCAAUGGGGGCAAGUUUCUGGGAUUUAUGGUUACUAGAAAUGGGAUAGAACCAAACCCAGAAAAGGUAAAAACCAUUCUGGACAUGGAACCCCCGCGGUCCAUCAAAGAAGUCCAAAGACUCAAUGGUCGCUUAGCGGCUUUGGGUCGAUUUCUAUCUAAAUCGGCCGAACGAUCCCUUCCCUUCUUCCAGAUACUAAAGAAGAAUAAGGGGUUUGAAUGGACCCCAGAGUGUCAGUCGGCCUUCGAUGACUUGAAAAAAUAUUUGCUAUCCCCACCAUUGCUUGCAAAACCAGAGGCGGGUGAAACCUUACUCUUAUACCUGGGUAUAUCACAGGGUGCGAUCAGCUCCGUGUUGGUCAAAGAGGAAGGAGAGACUCAGCGUCCCAUUUACUAUGUGAGCAAGGCUUUACAUGACGCAGAACUAUGGUACACUGCCGUGGAGAAAACACUGUUUGCUGCGGUCACCGCCUCUAAAAGGUUGGCCCAUUACUUCCAAGCUCAUCCCAUCCAUGUACUCUCACAUCAACCAUUAGGGAGUUUCUUACGAAACACUAACUCUGCUAGGAUGGCGAGAUGGGCCAUGCACCUCAGCCAGUUCGACAUUGAAUUCAAACCAAGGCCCGCCAUCAAAGGUCAAGCCCUUGCAGACUUCAUAGUGGAAUGCACAGCCCGCGAGGUGACGGAGCAGGUGGAAAAUGAAGAUGGUAGAUGGUGGACCUUGUCUACGGAUGGCUCAUCCAAUAGUAAAGGUUGUGGGGGUGGAGUAGUGCUCAUCACCCCAGAAGGAUUCCGCGCUUACUAUGCAAUCAGGUUCCACUUCAAGUUAUCUAACAAUGAGGACUAUGCAAUCAGGUUCCACUUCAAGUUAUCUAACAAUGAGGCAGAGUAUGAGGCCCUCCUCAACGGACUGCGGUUAGCAGAGGCAGAGUAUGAGGCCCUCCUCAACGGACUGCGGUUAGCAGCAGCAGAGUAUGAGGCCCUCCUCAACGGACUGCGGUUAGCAGCAGCACUACAAGCAGAAAAAAUUCGCAUCCGAUGUGAUUCUAAGUUAGUGGUCGGUCAGGUGACUGGGGAAUAUGAAGCUAACGAAGGGAACAUGCAAAGGUACAGGGAUGCGGUGCUGCGAACCUUGCGAGAAUUCGAAGGGUAUGAAAUUCACCAAGUACCUCGAGAACAGAAUGCUGACGCUGACAUGCUCUCCAAACUAAGCACUGGGAUCCCCGGUCACAUUCGCAAGAUUGCUCGGGUUGAGGAUUUGGAGACAUCCAGCAUCGACAUCUCAUGGGUCUGCCCCGUGCAAUCCAGAGAGCCAUGUUGGAUUGACCACAUCACAAAGUACAAGAAGGAUGGCACUUUACCAGCUGACGAGCAAGAUGCAAAACUAGCAAGGUUGCGGGCACCCAGCUACGUGAUAUUGGAAGACAAGUUGUAUAAACGAUCCUAUAAUGGCACACUUUUGAAGUGUGUAUACCCUGACGAAGCAGAGUUGAUGAUGAGAGAAGUCCACGAAGGAGUGUGCUCCGCGCAUCAAGGAGCAUACACCAUAGCUCGACGCAUCAUGCUGCAAGGCUUCUUCUGGCCAAAGAUGUUGAAGGAUUGCGCAGAAUACGCCAAGCGAUGCCCUAAGUGUCAAGAAUUCCAGACAUUGCCAGGACGACCCGCGACCAACUACACUCCGGUGAGCACAGCAAUUCCAUUCUCAAGAUGGGGAGUAGAUUUGGUGGGAGCCCUGCCCACGGGCUCGGGAAGCCGGAAGUACAUUAUCGUGGCCAUUGACUACUUCACCAAAUGGGUGGAAGCUGAACCUCUGGCUAGCAUCACAACAGCCAGGUGUAAAAAGUUUGUAGAGAAGAACAUACUAUGCCGCUUUGGCAUCCCCAUCCAAGUAAUCACUGACAACGGACGUCAAUUCGAAGGCAGAGAGUUCUCAGACUGUUUGACGGGAUGGGGCAUCAAGCACAGCCGGGUGGCGGUGUCGUACCCACAGGCGAAUGGUCAAGUAGAGAAUGCCAAUAGAACCAUCCUUGAUGGUUUGAAGAGGAAAUUGGAAGCAGUUGGCGGGGCGUGGGUUGAGGAACUGGACAGCAUCCUUUGGACCUAUCGCACAACCCCAAGGAGGGCUACGGGUGAAACUCCUUUCGCAUUGAGUUACGGGUUCGAAGCUCGAGCUCCAGUAGAGGCGAUGAUACCAAUUAGAAGGAUGGAAGAAUACGAGGCAGAGCAAAAUGAGAUCCAACAGGGAACCGAUCUCAAUUUCAUAGAUGAAAGGCGAGAAGCUGCGUUCUGUAGGAUGGAAAACUACAACAGGCAGUUGAAGUCCUAUCAUGACGCCAAAGCUAAACCCAGGUACUUUCAAGUGGGUGAUUAUGUUUUGAGAAGAAGAGAAGCCAGUCAACCCUUUGAAGGAGGCAAGUUCGCGAAAAAAUGGGAGGGUCCGUACAUCGUUGACGAAGUGAUUCGCCCAGGAACUUACAAGUUGACGACAGUAGGUGGCAGGUUGAUUGAUAGGAUAUGGAAUUCAGAACACUUAACAAAGUUUUAUCAUUAG